AUGUUCUAUAGCCUUACUCGUAUUUUCUCUCUUAUAAUUUGCGUGACCCUACUGUCUUACUCUACGAACCUCACAUUCCACAUCCCACAUCUCUUCUUCUCCCUCACCAUGCGGCUCUGGUCUAUCCUCUGCCUAGGCAGUGCGCUGGCGCUCUCAAUUCCUAACCACCAACUUCGCCUGCCCUUUGCACCAUCCCCGGACAGCCUAGAAAAUGGUGUUCGAUCAACACUGUCCAUCAAUUGGUCAAUUCAAAAUGGAAGCCUCUACGCAAACGAAAACCAAGUCUACCCCCCCUCAGUCACCAUGCAACUUCGCGCCCCGCUCUACGAAGCAGACACCCUCACAGACAAAUCAGUCGAACUCUCAUACACCCUCGACACCCGCCCACUAUCAACAGACCAGGUCGGUGCCGUUGCUGGCAUGGUCCGUGUUCGCGUCGAGUUACUCGAUCUACACGGGAAUCUGAUCUCACCAAACGCCGUCGCAAUCGAUAUGCUCACCUACCAAGACGGGGAUCAUCACAUUACCCGUAUCCGUGUCGAGCCCGCUCGCGGAGGCUACCAGGGUGACCGAUUCUCGCAGAAAAGCCGACCCUGGGUCGUCAAGUAUUGGACUACGCAGUUUGGCUCGCUUUUUGAAAAAGUCAAUACCGACAAGAUUGAGACCGAGACCGAGGCUGAGACUGAGAUGCGUGCUUCGCUUCCUGAUGCUUUGGCCCCCAUCUCAGUAUCCAAGUUCUCCAUCUCUUCGUUUUGGGCUGUGCCUGAGCAUGCGAAGGCUCACGGACGUCAUCCGCAUCAUCGCCCUGGUCAUUCCUUCCGACGCAUUGUCCGCCCCAUCAUCCUACCUGCGAUUAUGGGUGCCGUGGCUGGUCUGGCGGCCUGUCUGGUCGGUUUCUUCCUAGGUCAUCUAGCUAUGUCUUUCGCCGUGCGAGUGGGCUGGAAACCCCGAGCUCAACCGGUGAUGGAGCAAGGCUCGGUUUCGGAGAAAUCGCUCAUGGUGCCCAAUAUAUAUGUCACGGAUGUGACUGAGUCGGUAUGA